GAGGAGAGAGAAAAGAGAAAGAGAGUAUUUUGGACAGUGGGUUUUGAAUGAAUAAGACGUUUUAUGCAAAAGUGCGUCUAAGUUCUCUUCAUGUACAACACCAGUAGGUCCCACUCUCUUUUAAACACCUCCUCCUUCUCUUUCUCUUUCUCUUCUUUUGUUUUCAUGAAACAACGGCGGGGAAAACCUCCUAUAUCUCUCUCAUCUUCCUCUUUUUCUCAAUUUUCAUUCCCAAAUUUGAACAGGGUUGAAGAAAAAAACGAAAAAGGUGAUCAAUUUCUAUCUGGGUAAUUAGUUGGAUCAACGAUUUACACGUCCGGGUUUCCUGAAGAAAAACCGGAGAGUUUUCUUGGUUUCAUCGUCAACCCAAUUCAAAUAUGUAUUGGGAUUUGAUACUUGUUAGUGGGAAUUGUGUAUAUAUCGACUAGACUUAAAUUAGAUGUAGAAGAAAUGAAUAUUUGUUGAAUCUUUGAUUUGGAGAUUUGGAGAUUUGGAGAUCUGGUGGAAGUAGUAAGUCAUGAUAAACUUCUUCUUUCUUCCAGGUAAUCACUGGUUUAUUGGGAUUUGAAGAAGAACAAGAAGAAAGAAGAAAGGAUUUGGAUUGUAAUGUCAAAGGCAUUGGUAUUUGGGUUGUUGAUUUCUUCUCUUCUUUUGUCAAUCUCUACUGCAUCAGAUAAUGGAUUCUCCAGAUGCGAUUGUAACGAAGAUGGUUUCUGGAGCAUUGAGAUGAUUAUGGAAUGUCAAAAAGUUAGCGAUUUCUUAAUCGCGGUUGCUUAUUUCUCGAUCCCGAUCGAGCUUCUUUACUUUGUUAGCUGCUCCAAUGUUCCUUUCAAAUGGGUACUUUUUCAGUUCAUUGCUUUCAUAGUUCUCUGUGGUAUGACACAUUUACUCAACGGUUGGACUUACGGUCCUCACCCAUUUCAGCUUAUGUUAGCUUUAACCAUCUUCAAAUUUCUCACUGCUUUGGUCUCGUUUGCGACUGCAAUAACCCUAAUCACUCUCAUCCCAAUGCUUCUCAAAGUGAAGACUCGCGAAUUCAUGUUGAAGAAGAAGACAUGGGAUCUCGGUCGGGAAGUAGGAAUUAUUAGGAGGAAGAACGAGGCGGGUUUACACGUUAGAAUGCUCACUCAGGAGAUUCGUAAAUCGCUGGAUCGCCACACGAUUCUGUACACUACGCUGGAUGAACUCUCGAAAACGCUGGAUCUUCGUUAUUGUGCUGUUUGGAUGCCGAAUGAAGGUAAAACAGAGAUGAAUCUGACCCAUGAGUUAAAAGGAAGGAAUAUAUCUGAUGUUUAUAACCUGUCGAUCCCAAUUAACGAUCCAGAUGUUCAAUUGAUCAAGGGGAGUAAAGAUGUUAAGUUGCUGGAACGUGAUUCCCCUCUGGUGACAGGGUCUGUGACCGAAACAGGACCCAUUGCAGCCAUUCGAAUGCCUAUGCUUCGAGUUUGUAAUUUCAAAGGAGGAACCCCGGAGCUCAUUCAGGCUUGUUACUCAAUUCUAGUUCUUGUUCUCCCUGGCGGGGAAGGGCGAUCAUGGAGGAGUCAAGAACUCGAGAUAGUAACAGUCGUGGCUGAUCAAGUCGCGGUGGCACUUUCCCACUCGGCUAUACUCGAGGAAUCUCAAUUCAUGAGGGACAAAUUAGUAGAGCAAAACCGAGCCCUUCAACAGGCGAAGCAAAAUGCGAUGAUGGCUAGCCAGGCUAGGAACUCGUUUCAGAAAGUAAUGAGCGACGGCAUGAGGAAACCUAUGCAUUCCAUUCUCGGUUUACUUUCAAUAAUGCAAGAGGAGAGUCAAACCGUCCAUCAAACUAUCCUCGUCGACUCAAUGCUGAAAACUAGCAAUGUUCUCAUGACAUUGAUUAACGAUGUCAUGGACAUGUCGGCUAAGGAAAACGGUCGGUUCCCUCUCGAGGUUAGGUCUUUUAGGUUACAUUCGACUAUAAGAGAAGCCGCAUGUGUCACCAAAUGUCUAUGCGUUUCCAAAGGGUUCGGUUUUAUCGUUAAUGUUGGAAAAUCUUUGCCCAAUUAUGUAAUGGGAGACGAGAGGAGGGUAUUUCAGGUCAUUUUGCAUAUGGUGGGUAACUUAUUGGAAAGAUGCAAUGGACGAGGAGGGGGUGGAAAUGUAAUUUUACAGGUUUUCUCUGAAAGUGAAAGUCAAGGAUCCAACGAUCCCAAAUGGAGUAAGUGGAGAGCUAACACAUCCGACGGUUAUGUUUGCGUUAGAUUUGAAAUUGGGAUUAACCGCAAUAGCGGGUCGCAUCCCGGGUCUGGAUCCGGGUCGUCAAUGGUGAGAUAUUCGGGUCGGAAAUACAGUAGUGAGUCUAUUGAGGAAAGCUUAAGCUUCAAUUUAUGCAGAAAGCUUGCUCAGAUGAUGCAAGGAAACAUAUGGAUGGUCCAAAACCCGGAAGGUUUCGAACAAAGCAUGACACUAGUUCUCCGGUUUCAGAUUCGACCAUCAAUUGUCUUAGGAUUAUCCGAAACCGGAGAAUCAUCAACCGACCAUCCAAACUCGUCGAACUCACUUUUCCGAGGACUUCAAAUUCUUCUAGUUCACAAUGACAUUAUCAACACAGCGGUUACUAAAAAACUCCUCCAAAAACUCGGUUGCACGGUCACAACCGUUUCAACAGGUUACGAAUGUCUAUCAGCCCUUGGUUCUUCGGUUUCAUCUUUUCAAAUCGUGCUUUUGGACCUACAACUGUCCGAUAUAAAUGGUUUGGAUGUUGCAAUCAGAAUAAGGAAAUUUAGAAGCCGAAACUGGCCGUUGAUAAUUGCGAUGUCGGCUAGGGUCGACGAAGACGUGUGGUCGAGAUGCUUGCAGAUUGGUAUUAACGGUGUUGUGCAGAUGCCGAUGGUUUUACAAGGAAUCGCGGCUGAAUUGAGAAGAACACUCUUAAAGGCGAACAAAGGGAUGUGAUUUUGAAAAUAUAAGAAAAGAAAUGGUAUAGAAGAACAAAAUUGGCAAACAGUUUUACUAGUGUUUUAUUAUAUAAAAUAUUGAUUCUUAUUUGCAU